AUGGCAGUCAGCUUUCAAGAGACUCAUCAACGUUAUCAAGCUGCACUCGACAGCGCACUUCAGCACUUCAAAAAACUCGUGGAUUCUCAUCACUCGAAACACUGGCAACUUGUACCGCCCACCUCCACCCAACCUAAUCAUUCACGCUCUCAAUUCUCACAGACCCAACAAGCCAACCCUCAUCAUCAAUUCCUCAAUGGUCUCGCUCCAAUCGACUUCUCGAACGUCCAAGUCCAUCGUCGCAAGUUAGACGGAUCAUCUGUCGUCCGAGCUAUCUGCGAUCUAUCGAUCGAUCCAACGCGCUUCGAUAUAGAUGACUUCAAGGCUGUUCUCCAGACCGCCGAGGUUAGAGGCGUUUGGGAUAAGCUAGUGGAUAAAGCAACGGUGAUCGAAGUGCUUGACCCUCAAAGCAGGAUAGUUAAAACUGAUUUUAGAUUAGGCUGGCCUGCCAAUCCUCGAGAUUCAAUUACCAUAUCAAAAACAUUCACAGAUUCGAAUACAGUCAUUGACAUCUCGACCUCACUUCCUCGCUCAGCUGAUGAACCGGCCUACCUUCGACCUUCCCCACCAUUUGUUCGCUCGCAUGUUCACCUCCUUGCUUGGUGUAUCCAACUGGUCCAUGAUCCUCCACAACCCUCUAACAAUCCUACUCAAUCCUCCCAAGCAAAAGAAGCUGUACAAACUCAUGACCACCCGACCGAUCGAGACUCAUCUACCCAAGCCCUCCACAACAAGGCUCCGCCAAGCAAAGCUCGAAUUACUGUGUUUUGGAAGGUCAACUGGAAGGGUGCCAUCUUCUCAACUCAUCAUUCUCAAAUCGCUUCACUUCUCAACGGAUUUGUUGAUUACGUAAGAAACCAGGCUACCGAAAUUCCAAUCAUGUCAUCGUAUGCCGAUGGAGUCGAUUUCAGCUCAGCUUCUUACGAUAAGGCAGACGAGAAGUUGAACCUCUCUUAUUCAAUCUUACCCGAAGAUCCUAAAAACGAUUUGUCGGAACCCACAAGUGGCACUUCUGAAAACGGAAAAUUUCCAUCCGAUGGCACGCGACUUCGACGCGCGAUCGAGCUGAAACUACCGGUUGAUCAAGGCUGGGAUAUCCAAGUCAACGUUUAUGGCCAAGGAGAGGAUGUCAAUGAAAAUUGGGAAGUGAUGGCUGAGAAACCACCGGACGCACUUCGUACAAUCUUACGGAUCACCCAUGCCAAGUUACCAAAACCUGAUCAGCUUGUCAGGGUCAAAGUCGUUGUUCAACGGCUUGCUGGUGGUAAAACUGUCAGAGUCAACCAAACUCCCGUCAAGGCUGCGACGAUAGAGUCAAGUGGCAACGAGGCAUUAUCUAUUCUAUUCAAAGAAGACGCCCGAAGUAUCAGUGAACUGAGCUUGCAAACCGGCUCUACCGGAAACUCGAAGCUCACUAAUGAUACGGCCUCAACGGUAGAUGCCCCCGCCCGCGAGUCUGCUUCGCCAUGUCCACAGGCGUCGGCACUUGCCAAAAGACUGAAUGCCUCUCGCGAAAAUGUGAUAUCUACUCUUUUACGAAGGAGUUACAUAUAUUUCAGUUCACUACUACAGGAACCUGAAGCUAAAUGGAAACAUACAUCUGAUUCGCGCGGUGUUAGUGUGACCCAACUCCAGUCCAUUGAUCCCACCUUGACGGUUUAUAGAGCUGAGGCGACGUUUGUCGGAGUCGGCGUUUGGAACGUACUGAGCGCGAUCACCACAGCAGGUGCGCGCCUUUACUGGGACAAGAGCUUAACUGAGGUGAAAUUGUUGGAGGAAUUGAAUGAUCUGAGUUCGCUGUGGCAGAUCAAACAGAAAGGAAGUUGGCCGAUUGCACCUCGUGAUAGUAUUCUGAUAACUACCACAUACAAAUCCCCUGCUUCGGUUCAUAUAUUCUCAGUUUCAACUGACGAUUCCAAUCUCUUCCCAAGUAUCCAACCCCCCACACCUGGAUACAUCCGCGCCCGGACUGAAAUUUUGGGGUGGUCCAUCGAGUCAUUAUCUCCGACGACUACCCAAAUCACCCUCAUUGAUCAACAUGAUCCACUUGGCUGGUCUCCGAAAAGCUGGACUCCGGCUCAACUAAUCGCUCAAGUAGCGAAUGUUGGGGAGUUUGCUAUGAAAUCGGGUGGGCCGCCGUUGAUAACUCGUAUUUCGGGUGCCAGGGUAACCUUAUCAAAGUACGAGCACGAUAAGGGGACGUUCCGUGCAGAAUACACGGCUUCUGAGAGUGCACUCACGCCGGCCAUCAUGGAUCCUUCACAUUCGACUACAUGCUCAAUCGAUGCCUCAGAUACAUCCUCGGUUGAAUGCGAGAUUAGGUGUGAUUGUGAAAGCUGGGCCGUUUCAUUGGACAUCGUGGUCGACCCACCCCCGACGAAGGCAAGCUGCUUAAAGCGUCACAAACUCUCAUCCGGCGGCGGGUGGUGGAUUACGAUCGAGCAUGAUCCAAACUUAUUGGAGCGCGACAAAGCCAAAAUACUCAUCCGGAGAGGAAGAACUGGACUGGAUGAGAAGGGCUCAGUUACCCUGAAUGGUACCAAUUUAAAAGUCGAUAUCGAAGAAUUAUCCGCAGAAGAAGCCAAGAGUUUGGCAACCCAACGACGAGUCAAAGCAAGUCUGAUCCCACUUGAUCAAUAUUCCCUAUCUGGUCCUCGAAUGUGGAGGGGUAGUCCAUCUGUCAGCAAUCCUGGCACACGAUCUUCGACUCCGAACCCUGUGCGCGGUCAAGAAGAGUGCACUGCCCCUGUUCCAGACGUCGCAUCCUUGCAUCCUAUAGCAACUUCACUCAAACUAUCUGAACCUCUGCGCCCUUCGCAUCCAAUGGCUAGCGCUUUAGAAGCCCUCGCCGUUCUCCAGACUUUCCACAUUGAACAGGGACCUGACAUCAUGGUACCCCCCGCUGGAUGGACGCUAGUCGCUGAGAAGGGUAGCGCAUCUGUCUACAAGAAAAGGGUACCUCAGAUAUCUGAAACCUUUCCAGUUUACCGGGCGGAUCAAGUCAUCCAAGGCGUCACUGCAGAAGAAAUGGUUUCCGUUUUAGCUACUUUUUCCAGUCGUCCGCUUUGGGAUGAUGGUGUCGAAACGUCUUAUCUUCUUGAAAGCUAUGGUAAUGGCUGUACUACUCGUCUGCUAACUACAAAGCCCACCUUUCCAUUCAAAGCCCGUCUGUUGCAAACUGCCAACGUCCACGCCCUUCUUCAACUUCCGUCAUCAUCAAUCAGCUCAAGUACAACUGCUGUCCACUUUCUAGCAUCUGCGUCCUUCAAGCAACCCGGCGACGGCUUAUUGACCAAUAGCAAGCUGAAUCCUCAAGGCUUGGUCGAGGCACAUGUGUUUCUCGAGGGUUGGAUCAUGGAAACAGUCGAUCCCUAUUCUUCGAGUUCCCAUGAGAUUCCUUCUACAAGAUGCACUCACUUCAGUGCGAUCGAUUAUGGUAGCUCAUUACCUGUGGCUCUGAACUCAAUAUUGAAUUCUAGUUUACCCCGAAUGAUCAGUGGGUUAGCAACCCUGGUCAAGUCGCACGGACCGGUUCCGAGACUUUGCCAGCCAGUAUUUGGACUACGAAUGAACAGCUCGCUGCGAACCGAUGGACUUGCUGAUUGGAAGUGGAAACUUGAUGGGGCCGAUACUUCGAAAAUAGCCUUAUCUGUCGACGCAACCCCGGACUCGCCGUUUCGGGCAAUGUUUUUACUUGAGAAAGGGGCCAACGAGCCUACGUCGAACGAUUCUCCAACGGCGUCCGGUGGUCCAUCUAGCGCACAUUCUGCCUCGAGGUACGAGACCAUCCGGCAAUUAGGCGUAGCAUUUCCUCCGACAAGCGAUUCAAGCAGUGGAUCAACCUUUGUGCGUCGAUUAGUAUCGAACCCUGAUUUACAACGGAAAGCUAGCACGGGUCAACUGAGAAGGACUGGUGCCAGUUGGACAUCCAAUCUGCAUGGGGCCCAUGUGAUAAGUCCGAAGGCGAGCGAGUUGGUUGUUGCUGAACUUGCAUUGGAUCGAAAGUUUUAUCCACACGGGUGUCGAGUCUCUUGGAAGGCAUGCUUUCUGAAGCCUGGAACCAAAGCGAUCAUCGAAAAAGAUAUCAAGUUUCCGUUUCCACCCGAAGCCGACACGUUGAUGCUGCCGUUAAAAGUCUCCUUUCACCAGAUGCCAAGCCCCACCAUCUUUGCCGCCUCCUUGGACCCAGCUGUUAGGAGAGAACACAUAUUGUUGAGGAUGACAUUACCGGUGGGAGAGAUACACUCUCCCAUCAAAGACCCUUUGACUAGCCAUUCGGAUUCGGAACCGUCACCUCCACCCCUCUGGUACACUCGAAUGAGCAAGCGGGCAACAGUGGUCCACCUCUCAAUCGAGCAGAUUACGGCGAGCAAAGAUGGCGAUAUGCCCGGACCGCCACAUGAGCAUGCCAAGGGUCUCAAGAAAUCGCAAGAUUUACAAGCGAUCGUCAAUGGUGAAAAGAAGAAGGUCAUCCCGAUCGAAGAGAGUCAAGCAGAACUUGAGCGUCGGGAAGUGGAUGAUUAUGUGGGGGUCUACCCUUCAAUUUCUCGUCUUGGCCGAAUUUCAAGCACAUUACCUAAGCGACAAGUAUCACAACCAACGCUGAGUUCUAGCGUGGUGGAGAGUGUCUUACCGCCUGAGAUGGAACGGCCGUUGGCUACCUCGAUAGAUUUCAAGAGUGACUCGGAUGAUCACCCGGGAUCGUGUUCUUUGCCAGGCUCAGCCAUGGAAUCACCCCACCUGUUAUCACCCGUCAAUGAAGUUCGAGAGCCAGAGGAAGAAGGUGGAAAACAGAACCUCAUCCAUGGCUCCCAUAACCUGGAGGUCGAAUCGAUAAACCGGCCCCAAAACGGAAGCUUUGAAGCGUUCAAAAACUUCAUUUUCAGAAGCCAUAUCAAUAGUCAUCCAAAAAAUAAUGCCACGGCGAGUAAAAACGAGCAGGCCAAACAAUCCACGAGUUUUUUGCGUCGAUUUAUCUGCAGGAAAAGGACUUAUACCAAUCGCCAUCUUGUCCUCACUGCCUUGAUCUCUUUCUUGCUAGGUUCGAUCCUAAGAUCGAUGUUAAUUCCAAGCGAUUAUUUGAUCAUCCCGCCUUCUCCCCCACCUUCAUCCAAGCCCUGCUUUUCAUAUCCUCCGUCAUCACCAUCGUCCGCUGUUCUCAGCACCACCGCAACCCUCAACGAAGACAUCAAAGCUGACCAAGGUGGCGGUGCUCACCAUGCGAGUGAUUUCUGUGCUACGCCUAGCAACCAGCAUCAAAGUUAUUUUAGACUAUCCGAAUCAGAUCAACAGUUGCUAAAAUUACUAGAAACUAGAAAUCAUUGGAAACAACUCCGAAAAAUCUUCGACUUCAACCUCAACUUUUUCUCUUACUUCCUCUAUUCUUCUUGGAGUAUCGUCAUUGCUUUUGUCAAGAAUUAG